ACACGUCAGGUGAUUUCCCCGGGGCUUUCCCCUCUUCUUGGGCACCCGCCAGGCACUCUGGAGGCAGAAUGCGUUGCCACUAUCGUGCAGUAGACGGUAUGCCUGGGGGUGCCAAGAUAGAAACACGCCAGCAAGACGAAGACAUGCGAAGCACUGUGGUGUUUGCAACCAACCACACAUAAGAAGCCCCGAAACAGGCUAGUAACCCUGCCUGCAGGCCAACAUGGACGAUCCUGGGCCGGGUUGUCAUCCCGUAUGUUACCGCCCGCUUGCUGCACAGUGCAUUCGGGUCUUAGAGCUCGAGCCGGGCGACUUCUCGGCGCCGAUCGUCGGACGUCUCGUGUCGCAGACCAUCGAUGGGGAGCCAUACGAGGCAUUAUCCUAUGUCUGGGGCGACACCAAGAACCGGCGCGACAUCACCAUCGACGGCGGCACGCUGUCCGUCACCUGGAGCCUGCACUCGGCGCUAACUGCGUUCCGGCACCUGCCCCCGCCCGGCAACCAAGGCUCUAGCAGCUCGGCGCCGCGGCGGCAAGGGCGGCCCGGGGUGCGCCGGCUGUGGGCUGACGCCGUGUGCAUCAACCAGGAGGACCUCCCCGAGCGCACGUCGCAGGUGGAGCUGAUGGCGCGCGUCUUUGCGAGCGCCCGCCGCGUGCUCGCCUGGCUGGGCUGGGAGGAGGGCGAGGAGGGCCGGCGGCACACGCGCGACGCCAUCCGCUUCGUCCAUUACUUCAUGGAGGACCCGGAGGGGCGGCUGCGCGACGCCCGCGUCCUGCUCGAGCACGACGCUGUCGACCCUGACGACGCGACCGGCGCCGCCGCCGCCCGCCUCGCCGCCCUGCCCAGGCGGGACCGGCGCCGCUACCAGCAGCAGGCGCGCUGGUGGUACGCCAUCAAGUUCUUCUUCGAUAUCCAGUACUUCCACCGCACGUGGAUCGUGCAGGAGCUCGGACUCGCGCGCGAGGCCAUCCUGUACACGGCGCUCUGGCCCACCGGGGCGGCCGACGGCGGCGGGUCCAAGGCUCUCGAGCUAGACUCGGUCGACUGGCCGCUGCUGGGGCGGUUCGUCCACUUCAUGGACUUCAACGCCGCGUCGCUGGUGACCCAUCUCGACAUGCUCCUGUGGGUUGCACACCACAUCCUGAUGAUCUGGGAGCUCAACGAGGACGGCUCGCCCAAGUGCGACUUCCUCACCAGCAUGCACUGGGCGCGCAUCCUGGGCGUGACGGACGCGAGGGACCGCGUGUACAGCCUGCUGGGCCACCCGCUGGCCACCAUAGACGGCCAGACCGUCAUCAGGCCCGACUACACCGUCACGCGCGGGCUCGUGUACACCAAGCUGGCGCUCGCCUUCAUCCGCAAGGCGGGGAGCCUCUACGCCCUCAGCCUCGUCGACCACGAGCACGACCCGCCCCUGGAGGCGCGGGACUGGGACCCGCGGGACGAGGGCAGGAUGCCCAGCUGGGCGCCCGACUGGCACAGCGUCAACCGGACAACACCGUUCGCCUACCCCGUGCCUGCGGCCGAGGAGCAUGACGCCGGGAUCCGGAUCGACGGCGGGGUCGACGGCGUCGAGGGGACGCCGCUGCCGCGCCUCUUCCUCCGCGGCUGGAUCAUCGGCCGGGUCUCGGCCGUGUCGCGCCGCAUGGAGACGACCGACUUCCCCGUCACGCACCUCGAGCGCGAGCGGGCCAAGAAGAACCCCUUCUGGCUCGACCGCGUGUGGGCGCUGGUGCGCCCCGCCGGCCCCGACAACGACAACGACGACGACGCCCUCGCGGUGCUAGAGUCGCUGUCGCUCGCCCUGCCGCUCGGCACCAGGGAGAAGCACGAGACCAUGACGGGGAUAGGGCCGCAGCAGGCGCGGGAGGACCACGAGCGGUCCUUUGCCGCCUACGUGCUGGAAUACCACGAGCUGCUGCGGAGCGCGCCGGAACCCGCCGCCGCUGGCAGUCGUGAUGGCGACGGCGACGGCUACCUCCCGGCCCGCUCGCUGCUCGACAGCCUCCCGGCCGAGGCUCAGCGCGAGCUGCGGCGGCGGGCCCGAGGGGGCGCCACGGGCACGCGUUUCGUCGAGUGCAUGACGUGGCCAUCCAUGUGCCGCGUCGUGUACCGGACCGCCUCGGGCCUCGUGGGCAUGGGCUCGCGCGUCACGCGGCCGGGGGACCUCGUCUGCCGCGUGCGCGGCUCCGAGGUCAUGAUGACGCUGCGGCCGGUCGGGGGUGCCGACGCCGACACCGCGCCGAUCCCCUGCGCCCACAUCGGGCCCACGAUCGUGCCGGCGCGCAUGAAGGCGGGGACCGUUGACGGCAGCGAGUUUGGCGAGCGGGCCGCAAGCUUUUGUAUAAUCUAGAUCUCGCUUUGCCGACGGGGGAGGAGCUGGGGGUAUAUAUGUUGUGGCCGUGACAGAGGAUAUCCAUUUUUCACAUGCGUAGUAGAAGCUUUGGCCGUGAUGGCGGACGGGCAUAAAAGCCAGAUGCAUCUAGUCUGUUGGGCUUUUCCAUGUCGCUGCGGAUGCCCACGCAGCCCGCGCCACUGCAGAGCUUAUACUGUGCCCGACCCGGCGCGGCACCUAGGUCUCGCCAGUCAACCUCCAGUUGCGGGCACGGGGAACUGGGAUCUUGCCCAAUACUGUCCUCCAUCGGGCCGUGCCGAGGAGCACAUGCCCACGGUCAGAAUGGUAUGGGGACGAAUGUGGCAUGGUACCUGUACACCUCUCACCGGGCAGCGUCGUGUACACCGCCACCCAGCGGGUCACGCUCUGAAGCAUAUGGCUCGCAAACCACAUACGGCAUUUCGAGGUAGUUUUGUUCCUGAAGAUCGGACGCCGUGUCCUUUCCGCCUCAUCCAGCGAGGUCGAUUCGAUUUUGGUAAGGUGAAGGAUGGGAACGUUUCAAUUCAAUGCACGCCUGCAGAUACAUAAUAAACAACACAAUAAGCUGCCCC